CAGGGCCGCGGCGAUGGCGUCGGCGGCGGGGGCUGCCGGCGCCGCCAUCUCGGCCGCGGAGAAGGUGGACGGCUUCACCAGGAAAUCGGUGCGCAAGGCGCAGCGGCAGAAGCGCUCGCAGGGCUCGUCGCAGUUCCGCAGCCAGGGCGGCCAGGCGGAGCUGCACCCCCUGCCCCAGCUCCGAGAUGCCACUUCAAAUGAACAGCAAGAGCUUUUCUGUCAGAAGUUGCAGCAGUGUUGCGUACUGUUUGAUUUCAUGGACUCUGUGUCAGACUUGAAGAGCAAAGAAAUUAAAAGAGCAACGCUCAAUGAACUGGUUGAGUAUGUUUCAACUAAUCGUGGUGUAAUUGUUGAAUCAGCGUAUUCUGAUAUAGUAAAAAUGAUCAGCGCUAACAUCUUCCGGACUCUCCCUCCAAGUGAGAAUCCGGAUUUUGAUCCAGAAGAAGACGAGCCCACGCUCGAGGCCUCUUGGCCUCACAUACAACUGGUGUAUGAAUUCUUCUUGAGAUUUCUGGAGAGCCCUGAUUUCCAGCCCAGCAUUGCCAAGCGAUACGUUGAUCAGAAAUUUGUACAGCAGCUCCUGGAGCUUUUUGAUAGUGAAGACCCCAGAGAACGUGACUUCCUGAAGACUGUUCUGCAUCGAAUUUACGGGAAAUUUCUUGGAUUAAGAGCAUUCAUCAGAAAACAGAUUAACAACAUUUUCCUCAGGUUUAUAUAUGAAACAGAACAUUUCAAUGGUGUUGCUGAACUCCUUGAAAUAUUAGGGAGUAUUAUCAAUGGCUUUGCGCUGCCGCUGAAAGCAGAACAUAAACAGUUCCUGAUGAAGGUUCUCAUUCCUAUGCACACUGCAAAAGGGUUAGCUUUGUUUCAUGCUCAGCUCGCCUACUGCGUGGUGCAGUUCCUGGAGAAAGAUGCAACCCUGACAGAACCAGUGAUCAGAGGAUUGCUAAAAUUUUGGCCAAAAACAUGCAGUCAGAAAGAGGUGAUGUUUUUAGGAGAAAUUGAAGAAAUCUUAGAUGUCAUUGAGCCAACACAGUUCAGAAAAAUUGAAGAGCCGCUUUUUAAACAGAUAUCGAAGUGCGUAUCCAGCUCUCAUUUUCAGGUCGCUGAGAGGGCUUUGUACUUCUGGAAUAAUGAAUAUAUUCUCAGUUUAAUCGAGGAGAACAUCGACAAAAUCCUGCCAAUUAUGUUUGGCAGUUUGUACAAAAUCUCCAAAGAACACUGGAAUCCGACCAUUGUAGCGCUGGUAUACAAUGUGCUGAAAACGCUAAUGGAGAUGAAUGGCAAGCUUUUUGAUGACCUUACUAGCUCAUACAAAGCUGAAAGACAAAGAGAGAAAAAGAAGGAAUUGGAACGUGAAGAAUUAUGGAAAAAGUUAGAAGAGCUAAAGCUCAAGAAAGCUCUAGAAAAGCAGAACAGUGCUUACAACAUGCACAGUAUUCUCAGCAGUACAAGUGCUGAGUAAAAAAAAAAAAAAACGCCUGCCACC